AUUUUCUUCGUAUGCAAGACCGUAUACAAUACGUAAUCUUCAUUUCGCUUCCUUCCUUCACAAUCUUACAUUACAUUACACCAUUUUAACCAUUUUUCCCGCACACACAAAUCACAAUCACUUCUCUUCUCUCUCUCUCUCUCACUACAAUAGAGAAAAGAGAGUGAAACCAAACCACACUACACGACGUCGUUUCACAGAUCCAUCCCCAAGACACAGAGCUGGAUCCCUCACAAGAUCCCAAACAAUAUCAGGCUCCACCUGCCACCACAUCCAACGGUCACGGUCAGAUCCGUUACCGAUCACUUUCCUCCACCGAACUCUCCGCCGUUCAAUCCACUUCUCCGCCUUCCGAUAACCACUCCUCCGACUCCGAAUUCACCAAAAUGCUCAAACGUCCAACGCGUCAGGAGUCACUCUCCGAUAAGAUCUACAGAUUCCGUGGCACUCUUCUCGUUGUCUCGAUCCCUAUCCUUCUCAUCACGUUUGUUCUUUAUAUGAUGCCGUCGAGCUCGAAUUAUGAUUCUGCUGGAGAUUAUGCUCUUCUUAAUCGGAAACUUUCGCCGGAUAAAAAAUCUGGUGGCUCUUAUGCUGUUAUUUUUGAUGCUGGUAGCUCUGGUAGCCGUGUUCAUGUUUUUCAUUUUGAUCAGAAUUUAGAUCUUGUUCACAUUGGCAAAGAUCUUGAACUUUUCGAACAGCUUAAACCUGGUUUGAGUGCGUAUGCUCAGAAACCGCAGCAAGCAGCAGAAUCUCUGGUUUCACUUUUGGAGAAAGCAGAGGGUGUUGUUCCACGGGAAUUGCGAUCAAAGACACCAGUUCGAAUUGGGGCAACUGCAGGUUUAAGGGCUUUGGAAGGGGAUGCAUCUGAUAAGAUAUUGAGAGCGGUAAGGGAUUUGCUGAAGCACAGAAGCUCCUUUAAAUCUGAUGCUGAUGCGGUUACAGUGUUGGAUGGAACACAGGAAGGUGCUUAUCAAUGGGUUACAAUUAACUAUCUAUUAGGAAACUUGGGAAAAGAUUAUUCAAAGACCGUUGGGGUAGUUGAUCUUGGAGGUGGAUCUGUUCAAAUGGCAUAUGCCAUCUCUGAGUCUGAGGCUGCCAUGGCUCCACAAGUAAUGGAUGGAGAGGAUCCAUAUGUCAAGGAGAUGUUCCUCAGGGGAAGAAAAUAUUACCUCUAUGUUCACAGUUACUUGCGCUAUGGUUUACUAGCAGCUCGUGCAGAGAUUUUAAAGGUUGCCGGUGAUGCUGAAAACCCGUGUAUCUUAUCUGGCUCUGAUGGAACUUACAAAUAUGGAGGAAAGUCAUUUAAGGCUUCAUCUUCUGGAGCAAGCUUAAAUGAAUGCAAAAGUGUAGCUCACAAGGCUCUCAAAGUCAACGAGUCAACAUGUACACACAUGAAGUGCACUUUUGGUGGGAUAUGGAAUGGUGGAGGUGGGGAUGGACAGAAAAACCUAUUUGUUGCCUCAUUUUUCUUUGACCGGGCUGCCGAGGCUGGUUUUGUUGAUCCAAACUCACCAGUUGCAAUAGUUCGUCCUGCGGAUUUUGAGGAUGCUGCCAAGCAGGCUUGCCAAACAAAACUCGAGAAUGCCAAAUCCACUUAUCCACGAGUUGAAGAGGGGAACCUUCCAUAUCUUUGCAUGGAUCUUGUAUACCAGUAUACAUUGCUUGUUGAUGGGUUUGGCAUAUAUCCAUGGCAAGAGAUUACAUUGGUAAAGAAAGUUAAAUAUGAUGAUGCCCUUGUCGAGGCAGCUUGGCCGCUAGGAAGUGCCAUUGAAGCUGUAUCAUCUACGUAACAGGACCGAUUUCAUGAGUUAGGUUACUCAUCCAAAAUCUUGGAGCAUGAAAUUUGUGGCGAAACACUGCCUGUCAUUCAUGGUGAUCAGAAAUUACUUCAGGCAAAAUUGGAAUUGGAUAUGGGUCUAUUUUUCAGGAAUAACGAGAGAUUAUAGCUUCAUUAUUUUUCAUACGUAAUUAAUUCACAAUAUAUCUGAUUUACAGCUCUGGCAGAUUCAUUCGAUUCAUUAAGUGCAUCUAUAUAUCUUGUCUGGAAAGAUGAACAAAAUGGUGAUGCUUACACCAUUUCAUUUUUGUUUAAAUGUUUUCGUUCGUGAUUAUAGUUAAUCCUUUAUUUCUUCUCGUCUUGUUGUGGCAUCUGGGACUAAUGAUUUUGGUAACUCUUACUUGUGAAUAUAGUCAAUUGUGGAUGAGUUCAUGUUAA